AUGAUUGUUGCUUUCCAGGAAAAUGUGGACCUCAGAGAUCGGGAAACAUACGAAGGACUUUUCAGGGAGUACUACGAGAUAGUAAUGGAAAAAGAAGGAUUUGAUAAAAAUCGUCUUCUAAAGCGUCUUCUUGCUGGUAAGGCUCAACUAGACAAGGAAAAGCUUGGCCUAAUUAGCUCUACUUCAGAUAAAUGUAGUGAAGAAGAGGACGAACAGCUUGCUUCGGAUAAUGGGGAUUUUAGUGAUGGAGAACCUCCGAAGAAGAGGUUUAAAAAGAAAAGAAGUACAACGAAGAAGACUAGAAGAGGCAGUUCAAAUAAAAGAGAGUUUGUUGGAUGGGGAUCGAAACCUCUUAUUGACUUUCUUCAGUUAAUUGGUGAAGAUACUAGAGAAAGACUAUCCGGACAUGCAGUGUCAGAGAAAGUAACUGACUAUAUAAAAGAACAUAACCUUAUCCAUCCUGUUAAAGAGACAGAGAUCCUUUGUGAUCUUCAUUUAGAAGCUCUUUUUGGGAAGAAAGUAUUGAAGAAACAGAGAAUAUUAAGCCUCCUCAAAAGCCAUUUUCAUAAAGAUGAGGAACAAUUACAAAAUGAUGAGCUUCAUCAGGAUCUUGAAGACGACACAGACCUAUUGGUGUCUUCCAAAACUGAGGAAAAAGUUGAACGGAAAAAGAUAUCAUCAAUUUGGUGUUCAGCUGCAGCACAAA